AUGGCGGCGGCGCGGCCGGCGGCGGCUCGGGCCCUGCUGCAGCAGUGCGUGUCCGCCCGGCUGCAGGUGAAGCCGCCCGAGCGCGGCUCCGAGGCCGAGUGGGUGGAGAUCCAGAGAGGGCUUGUUAUCUACAUAUGCUUCUUCAAAGGUGCUGAUGAAGAUCUUGUGCCAAAAAUUGUCAAUAUGCUGUUGAAUGUUAAAUUAAGUGAAAAUGAAAGCGGCGAGUACGUUUCUGUUCUUGAUUUACCAGGUGAUGUGUUAAUCAUACCACAAGCUACCCUAGGCGGUAAACCAAAGGGAAGAAAGAUGCAGUACCAUGCAAACAUUGAAAAAGAAAAAGGGCUGGAACUUUAUUCUCAGUUUGUGACUUUGUGUGAAAAAGAACUGGCUGCCAAUGCCAAAUGCGUGGAAGCAGGUGUGCUCAUCAAGCACGGCACAUACGGAAACAGGCAGGUGUUAAAACUGGAUACAAAUGGACCUUACACUCAUUUGAUUGAAUUUUGAAAAAAGAAAUGAUAUCUUGGAUACAGUACUG